AUGGGGAAUUACAAACGGUUUAAGCUGGCCACCCCGCACGAAUUCUUACCACUGCUAUCACCACCAACAUCAAUAACUACCAGCCUUGCUGUUGUGCUCACACCCACGAGUAUGCCUGCGAAUACUUCCACAAUGGCGACAACAGGGAGCGAGCCGCUGAGACGUGCCUCGCUGGCCUGCCAGAAUUGUCGACAACGCAAAGUUAAGUGCGAUGCUCAGCAUAUUCAGCCUGGCCAACGUUGCACGCCGUGUCAACGGACGAGUAGUCACUGUGCCUUCAAUCGCAAUGGAGACCGGCGAAAGUCAGGAUCACGAAAACACAUUGAAACUCUAGAGCAGCGAAUCCACAGCCUUGAAGCUCUUCUAACUAAGACCGCAAAUCAGCCCACAGAACACGAAGAGGACGCUUUGUGCUCAAUCCGAAACGUGUCUCCACCUCAAGAAAGCUGUGAAACACGCCAGAUAUCCAUCAACCAUAUCACUCCUUCUACACCGGAUAAAGACCCACUCGUAUCGACACAUACAGAGCGGGCUUUUAAUGAUUUGGGAUCGGCACAAGACACAACAUGGGUUGAAAACGAUAUCGACAUGUUGCCUCUCAUAAAUAUGGAUAAUGAUCGUCCUGAAACCUUAUCUGACGGUGCAAUCCACAUCUUGGGAGGGGGAGUACGAGAAGAGGUGGGACGAGGCUCCCCUGAGGGGGGUGAGGAGCCAGAAUACAAUACUACUCCGGAAAGUAGCAGAAACCAUGACGAAGGUUCCUGUGCUCUUGGGCCGACCUCCCAGUCUCACAUUCUGUCACCUGUAAUAUGCCAACCGAUGUCCACUUCAGAUGAGCUCUCUGGGCUGGGGAUUGAUAUGGAUAUCAACUCGGCUCAAUUGCGAAAUCGUCUUUUACAGUCCUUUUUCCGCUACCAGAUCCUUUGGGUGAGUCUGAUCGAUGAAGAUGUAUUCAAUAUGCACCGGGAGAAUGGCGUGUCAUCGUUUUGGUACUCUCCGUUCCUUGAGAAUGUGAUGCUGGCUUGUGCUACUCGACUCAGCACAUCUAGUGCGGUUCGGUCUCUUGGGCACAAGUACGCAUCUCAAAGCAAUGCUGGUAUUCUGGAAGCCAUCGAAAAACCAUCUGCUGCCUCGCUGCAGGGACUAUUACUGUUAAGCGAAUAUGAAGUCACCAACUGUCGUGAUCGUGUAGGAUGGAUGCUUUGUGGCAUGGCAUCUCGCAUGUUGGUUGACAUUGGCUUCCAUGACCGUGCGUACCAGAACGCCAGCCCUGCUACUUCUCGUGGCCCGCUUCAACUUUUCUGCGCAACCAUAUCCUACGAGGGGAUCUGGUGCAUGUAUCUGGGCCGACCCAGUGCUAUACCUCGUGCCUUAGUCAAAGCUGCAGCGAUCAGUUGCCGUAAUUAUGACGGGCCUGACGCGGCCAUCCUAAAUGCGUGGAUGGGGCUUUGCGUGCCAAUGGCAGAUAUCUGUGAUUUGUUAAAUAGUGCGCCUUGCUUAGGGCCAGAAGCUAGGGCUGCUUUAUCCAGGCUUGAAGCGGAUAUACACACCUGGUGCAAAAACCUCCCUCCAGGAAUGGCAUAUGAUGAGUCUUGUGUGCCGGACCUCAAUCCUACUGCUUAUGGAAUCCACAUGCAGUUUUGCAAAGUCAAGAUCCUGAUCCACAAAGCAUUGAUGAGAAGCCCCAUUUCGCAGUCAUGGGAAGACUGUCAGAUACCGAUGACGAGAGGCGCCGAUGACCACGACGAGCCUGAGCAGAUCAUCUACAAGAAUGCUAUUCAAAUAAUCCGUCUCCUUCUGACAUAUAAACAACUUUCGGGAACCGAGAAAAUCCCAUCAGUUAUGUUGGAUAAUAUUAACCUCGCAUUAACAGUUCUUAUUACGCAAUUUCUGGCGCAUCCCAGUCAAGUCACCGAUAACUUACGCGAUUUGCAGUGGCUCCGUCUAGCUAUAAACACAAUGGAUACUUUGCAAUCCCAUUUCCCGGUCGUCACGCGCAUGCUAUCUACACUUCGGCCCUUGGUAGAUGGAACACCAUUAGCAGAUAUUUUCCCUCCCAAGUCAUCCUCGCAGCUGUCUCGACCGUCUGCACCGUCCCCAACUGACUUCACCUUUAUGCCAAUAACCGAGAAAUGCAAGGAUAUACCAAAUGCACCCACGGGUCGACACCUCGCCGGCGGACAUACAUUAUCUGAUUUUAUGCAAGUAGAAACAGAUACGAAUUACGGGUAUGAUCCGAUGACUUGGGAAUUGCCGUCACUCGAUCGGCAGUGGUUGCAUCGAGAUCCGGAGGAAUUAACAUCAUCCUUACUAUCUUGGCCAAGUUUACAGCUGGCUUCCCUCUGGAUGCCACAAUCUACAGCAAUACCGGAUCAUGUUUAA